AUGGUAGGCAAUAUUGAGAACAUUCCUCCCUCACAUACAACCACAGCAGAUAUUGAGGAUAUUCCUCCCUCACAUACAACCACAGCAGAUAUUAAGGACAUUCCUCCCUCACAUACAACCACAACAGAUAUUGAGGAUAUUCCUCCCUCACAUACAACCACAGCAGAUAUUGAUAACAUUCCUCCCUCACAUACAACCACAGCAGAUAUUGAGAACAUUCCUCCCUCACAUACAACCACAGCAGAUAUUGAGGAUAUUCCUCCCUCACAUACAACCACAGCAGAUAUUGAGGAUAUUCCUCCCUCACAUACAACCACAGUAGAUAUUGAGGAUAUUCCUCCCUCACAUACAACCACAGCAGAUAUUGAGAACAUUCCUCCCUCACAUACAACGACAGUAGAUAUUGAGGACAUUCCUCCCUCACAUACAACCACAGUAGAUAUUGAGGACAUUCCUCCCUCACAUACAACCACAGGAGAUAUUGAGGACAAUCCUCCCUCACAUACAAUGACAGUAGAUAUUGAGGAAAUUCCUCCCUCACAUACAACGACAGUAGAUAUUGAGAACAUUCCUCCCUCACAUACAACGACAGUAGAUAUUGAGGACAUUCCUCCCUCACAUACAACCACAGGAGAUAUUGAGGACAUUCCUCCCUCACAUACAACCGCAGCAGAUAUUGAGGAUGGAAUCUAG